AUGUCUUCAGCCUAUAUGAACCGGGCAAGGGGACGCAGUCUCUCUCAACAACCCAGCGAUGAUGAGCUUUUAAGCAUCGAAAGGCAGUCUGAAUUUAUCAACAUGACGUUUAAAUACACCAUAAACGAUCUGGAAAAUGUCAUUGCGAUGCUCCGUGCACGCUUCACAGCCGAAGAGGCAUAUUUAACAUCCUUGUAUAAAGUUCGAAAAAUGGCUUAUGCCAACGAUGGAGAGAGAACCAAUUUAAAUCACGAUGCUCGUGCCACCUUUCAGACCGCUGUCAAAGUCUACGAGGCAACAGUCAUCGAUAUGAUCAAUAGCCGUCAUCGCUUAAGAGACACCAUUAAAGCUGAAAUCGAUAACCUGGUCAAACAAAAGGUUUUUUAA